UACCAUUGCGCCAGGGAUCAGUGCUAGGGCUGCGAGUCGAAACGGCAUAUAUUAUCUUGUCAAAAUUCCAAUUCGAUCAGUUGAAAUAGAAAAUGUUCAGCUGGAAUCCGAGACGAUAUUGGGAGCUAUGGCCCUACGAGAUACCGCUUCACCACUUUCCGGGCCAUCCCCAGCUGCCGCAGGAGCCGGCGUUGCAGCGGCCGAUGCGGCAACUGCGUGCCACAUACACGCUGCAUUUCGAUGCAAUGGCUGAGGAGCAGUACGACAGGGCAGAGAAGCUAAACUUUAUGAAACGCUGCUAUCUGCUGGGCGCUCUUUUCACUGCGGUUGGCCUGUUCCAGUGGCUGCUGCUGGCAGGGCUGCUGGAGAAGCAUCGCCUGUUUGGUCUGGCCGGAUUUAUCUGUAUGGUGUUGUCCUUCGUUGCUCUGGUUCUGCUCACUUUCUGUACGCGUUGGCGCUCCCAUUUCUGGUACGUCUGCCUCUUUUCCUCGAUCUUUGUGGAGACCAUUGUGCUGAGCAUAGUGCUGCUGCUGCCCGAACGAACGAUCGUCAAUAUUCUGGCUGCCACUGCCACCUCAUUCGCUGGCCUGAUCCUCUUCUAUCUGCUAGGUGCCCUUCUGCCCAUGAUUGUGCUGCCUGGCAUCAUAGUCUUCUCAGUUAUUCUUAUCGUAUUCACCCUGGCCAGCGCCACGGUCCUCAUCCUGUUUAUAGUGACCGACCAGCAAACAUAUCACUCCAUCUACUUUGGCAUCCUCUUCUUUGCCACGAUGCCCAUGUGUCUGUUCCAUGCUCAAAUCGUACACGGGCGCAGAUAUCAGUUGCCCAGGGAGGAAUACGUGAGCUGUGCCGUUAUCAUCUACAUGCACCACGUCCUAUUCUUCAUGGCUAUUUACUACUAUCUGUGGGUCUUUGACUGGUGACCAUCAUCAAUGCAUCAAUGAAUGAUUGGCAGGACGAAUAUAUAUGUUUAUAUAUUUUUGAAUAGACCGGUAAUUGCCCAAGUUAUAUAUGUAAUCGA